AUGUCAUACUACAAGACCGAGUACCAGCGGUUCCUGGCGAACCCCAAGUCCGCCAAAUUGGCCGGUGAUGUGUCUCUGAUCUACGUGCCCACCACCACCAAGUUCGAUCAACCCGACAAUGUGAUCACUCAUGUCGUGAAGCAAAGCCAGAUCGUCAAGACCCGAUCCCACACCGUCAUCAGUGCCAUUGAAGGCUCCGACGCGCUAUGCCUGGACAUGGAGACUACUCUGGAGUUCCGCGAGGGAGGCGGGGCCUAUCUCCCCUCGUUGGACGAUAAUUUCCUGGCCGACCGCGUCGUCACCUUCCCCACGAUUCACAUUGUCCACUUCGACUCUGAGCAGCAGAUCAAACAAAUUCGCAUCCAUUGGGACCAGGCUUCCCUGCUGAGACAAGUGGAGGUCAUCGGCGCACGGGGUCGUGCCUGGCCUAUUCGUGAUGGAAAGGACCAGAUUCGUCUCCUCAAGGCCUCCGCUAGUGCCUGCUCGACGGCAGCUGUUCCAGCGCCGGCCCCAGUGGCCAAACCCCGCACGCGCUCCUCUUCCCCGCAAAAGCGCUAUACCAAAGAUCCCUAUGCCGCCGAAUCCUUGACUGAGCUACUGUCGCCCAGCAAGGAAAUGGCAGAGCUCGAAGCUCGCGCAGAGCCCCCUAAGCCCACAUCCUCCGCCAAGAAGUACACCCAAGAUCCGUACGGAGCGGGAUCACUCAACGAGAUCCUAUCGCCUAGCAAGAAGCCUCCAGCUCCUAUUGCGCCUUUCGCCCCAAGUUCGAGUCGCCCAGCCACGCGCAACUUUAGUGAUAUCUUCGUGAAAGACGAUGAUGUCCCCGACUCGCCCUCGAGAUCGCAGCGCCGCGCACCCCGAGAGCCCCAAGAAGAAAAGGGUCGCCUUGGACCUGUCGACGAAGAUCGUCACUUCUACAAGACCAUCGAGGGCAAGUUCAGCCAUUUCGAGAUCGGCGGUGACUACCCCGAACAGGAGGAGAAGCCUGCACCCAAGCACGCGAACUCAUACCACGCCUCCAAGUGGGGGUUCGAUGACUUCACCACCCCAACCAAGGCCACCCGCCCUCCCCGCGGCGAGGAAGUCCGACACUUCGAUCUCAGCGAGGACGAGGGCCCAGAAGAGCUGAAUGUCGCUAAGCCCCGCCGCGAUGCCGAGCGCCACUUCGAAUUAACCGACGACGAAGAAGACGAAGGCCGCAUCAUCAGCUCAUUCGGUGGUCGUGGCCAACGUCUCUAUGACAACCGUCUUUUCGAAGGCACCGAAGGCCCCGAGCUGAGCGAGCGCGAGAAGAAAAACCAGCCGCUGGCCGUCACCGGAAACAACAAGAACCGCGACAGGAACUUCGUUUCUCAGUUCGAGAUUGUUGACGACUCGCCUAUUUCCAAGGAAAACUCCAAGCCCAUCGCCAAGCACGAGAAGGCCAAUCAGAUGAUGGAGUCUCACUGGGAUAACUAUGACGAGACACCCCAGCCUAAGCGCAAUGCUACUGCUACUGCGUUGCACAACCCGCUUAAGCACAACCAGCCCAGCUGGAGCCUUGGUGAUGAGUAG